UGUCACUUGUACCCAAAUUUUGACAACUCAACUUUGACAAUAAGUUGUGAAUCGAAGUGUCCACAUCAUUUUACCGUCGUUUAACACUCAAUAAAAUGGCCAAAUCGUCGGGGACCUGCCCGAAAUGUUAUGUUUGUGACCAAGCAGUGCUUGACGAAGGCACCGACAUAUUUACAAAUUGCACAGAAAACACCAAAACGCCAAUCAACGAGCUCCUAGAACAGUUUGUGAGCCACAGUUUAGUGCGAAGUGCCAGGAAAAAUCUCUGCUGUGCGGAUUGUUUGAGUCGAAUAAACGAUUAUGAUUUGGCCUGUUAUACAGCGCAUCAAGUGCAGAAGGAACUCACUGAUUUACUGAGUGCGACGGAGGCGAAAUAUUGUAAGAAAGGCGAUUUGGCAUCAGAUGGAGAGGUUGACGAGGAGUUGGAUGACGAUGCUCAAAUUGAAGAGCUUCAUAACUCCUUUGCAGACAUAAUUGAGGAAGAAGUGAAGGAGGAGUUCGAGGAACCGCCGGAAGCUAUCAAGAAAGAAGCGGAAAGUGAAAAGGUGGAUAAAUUCCAAAUGUUCGAUGACGAAACCGAUGAGUACGAACUCCAUUUCUUCUCUGCUACCGACAUAUUACCCGAAAAUGAAGUCUACGAAAGCGAUGACAACGCCGACGAAUUUGUAUACAAAGUUUACACAAAUUCCAUUGAAGACAUGGACGAAGAACUGGAACUGGAAGAUAAACCAAAGCCAGACGAUCAAUUCCCCGUUAUUAGGCAGGCACCAAACUAUUGUUUGCAAUGCGAGCGGAACUUUGAAACGAAGGAACUUCUCCGCGAACAUCGACGUACAAUCCAUAAAAAGCCACCCAAACAACACACCUGUGACAUUUGUGGCAUGACUUAUAAAAUGCGAAAUGCUCUGCGCAUUCAUUCCCUCAUGCACACUGGAGUUAGCCCGUUCCAGUGCGACGUUUGCGGAAAAAAGUUCACUCAAAAAGGCGCACUUAAACGCCACAUGCCCAUCCACACGGGCGAAUGUCGCUAUCAAUGUGAAAAAUGCGGCAAGCAAUUCAUCCACUACUCAUCGUUCCACAUGCAUAAUCUGGCGCACGAUGAUAUCCGGAAGAAGAAAUGCGAGGUUUGUGGCCUUCUACUACGCUCGAACUCACAUUUGAAGCGGCACCUACAAGUUCACACAGGCGCAAAGCCCCACAAAUGUCCGAAAUGCGAUAAGACGUUCGCGCAGCGAUACAAUAUGAUGACCCAUCUUCGUUCACACCAGGGGCUACCACGAAAACGGAAGCACACAUGCACUGUAUGCGAGAGGACUUUUACGAAGGAGGUUUCGUUGCAGGAGCACCUCGCCACGGGCGUGUGUCGGACGGAUGAUGGAAAUAUAUUGGAAUUGUAUCAGCACAUCUCAGCUGAAUCUUAGAUCUCACGGUCGAAAGAUGGCGACGUAUUAUAGAUUUUAACGAUAGUUUUAGUUUCUCUUGCAUUGAAUUCAUCAUUCGCAAUAAAUGAUUUUUAUUUACACUUAAGGCAAG